CAUUAAUUCAUUAAUUGAAAUUUUAAAUGUCAUUUAUACACUUUUUAAUAAUUUUUAUUUUUCAAAAUUUUCAUAAUGCCUAUCUGUCGCACGUGCUCUAAUAUUGUACAAAAACACUUAUUGGCGUCAAAAUCCCUAGCUUCAAAUGCUGUUUUGGAUUCUCUACUGCAGUCUUAUGGCGGGCAAAUUCAAUCGCAGACCCGAUCUAAAUCUUAUUGUCGCAAUGAAACACCUUACGGAUUAAACCAAGGAGAUGGCAAGAAUAAUCAGAAUAAGCGGAACCUACAAAAGGUUUCAUCUAGAUCUUCAGUAGAAGGUAGAAGAAAAAAGAGCCACUGCCAAAAUGUUCUAAAGAGUUGCAUUCAUUCGUAUGCUAUUCAAAAACACGUUGUUAAGAAAAAGAUAGUAUCCAGUAAAAAAUUUAAAACACAAACGUGUAGCAAGAACCCCAGACCGCCUUCUUCAUCGGGUAAAAAUUUCGACAUUCACGUCACUGUCUUUAAGACGGCCCAUGAUAAAUCCAGUACGAAGUACUUGGAACAGAGUCAAGAAGAUGGAGUUUUGGAAACAGUACUAAACCUGAGAAGUAAAAAGAAAUUGCAAGAUAAUCAAUCCAUUCACAAGGGAAGACCAUCCUCUUUAAAGGAUUUAACUGCAGCACUUGUAAAGAGUAACAUAGCAAUAAAAACCAGUCAACACCAAAAGCCCUCCUGGGAUGCUUUGUUUCAAGCAUCUCGAAUUAGUGAUAAUGAAAAAGAUUUAGAAAGUAAUCAGGAAGAUGGAAUUUUGGCAACAGUACUUAAUCUUAGGAAGGAAGCUAAAGAACAAAGCACACUAAAGAAGGUUAAAGAACAAAGCACACUAAGAAUUAAACCGUCCAAUUUAAAACAAGAACCGGCAACAAGUAAUUCAUCAAUAAAGGAUUUUCCACUUAAAUCGUCCUUCAAUGAUUUAUAUAUGGAUUCUCACUACAAAAAUCCGUCAAUUACUGCGAGCAGUUCGACAACAAAAUUGAGUGGAGGUCAAACUUCCAAUGCAGGAGAAGACAUCACAUCAAGUUCUUUUCCAAGAAAAUCAAUGUGGGAUACCGUUUUCAAAGGGCCCGUGGAUAAAAGAACUGUAGAAACUAACGAAAAGGCUAUCGAGGACAGUCAAGAAGACGCAGUUUUAAAAACAGUACUCAGUAAGAAGCAGAUCACUUUUACGGGAGAACCAUCGAUUUUAACAGGAAAAUCUAAGACCAGCAGUUUGGCAGCCAAGGAUGCCAGUUCAAACGAUUUAUCAAGGAAGCCUUCCUCGAAUAAAAUCAUAGAAGAAUUCUACGUUAAAGCAAAAGGAGAAGGUACUUAUAGGAAUCAAGAAGAUGGUGUUUUAGAAGUUGUACUCAAUUUGGGAAAAUUACAAUCCACAUCCAAAGUAGAAGUGCAUACAUCAAAGAACACAAAAGAAGCUGCAACGCCCAUGAGAGAAGAAAUUGUAAGCAAGAUCACUGCAAACCUCUCAGAAGAAAUGUCUACCCCUAAUGUGCAACAGACCGUUAGGGAAAAGACAUUAUUAGAUUAUGUUAAACGGUUUGAGAAGAGCAACCCAAACAUUGAUUUAAUAGCGAAAAAAUCGAAAACAUUCGAACCUGAAAGAAGUCUUUAUGAUGUAUCUAACAAUUUGGCACCUGAUAAACGUCGAAAUAAUGCUUCAAAAUCGAAGAGCGAUAAAAAGCACGGGAGUAAUAACACUAUAGGAACAGUCAGGGAGAUGUCAGCCAAUGUGAUCCCUCUUCGCGAAGAAGCCCGUACCAUCGAAUCAACGAGUAACGAGCAUAAGAACCUAAACGUACAAAAAGUGUUAAUGAAACAGCCUGGAUCCAAGAACGUAAAUACUUGGAUUAAUGAUAUCAUAAAUUUUAUUUGUCGAAAAAGUGCCCAAACUAGUUGCAAUGCAGUCCUAGAAAAGGAAUCUGAACCAUUGAAAGGAGAAAAAAGAACAACAAAAGAUUCAAAUGUACUUAUGAAAAACGUAGUAAAUUCAAGGAGAUCGUUUUCUACAGCUAACUGGGGUAACAGUGGAGACAUUAUUAGAAAAACCAAAACCAUGUCAACAACUUCAUCAACACUAAGAUAUGACGGUCCACUAGUGAUUAAACAAGCAAGUGCUAAUCCUUCGCUUGGAACUGAAGAUUACAAAUCGCCUGAUAAUCACAUCACCUCAAAUUUUUUUGAACAGCUGAAAGAAGAAUUGUACCUACUGUUUCAAAAAUAUCCACACCUAUGCAAAGCAUUUAUUAACUUAAAAAAAAGGAAGAGGUUGAUUCAUAAACCGUAUUCAAAAGUUGUUUAUCGACCUAGACUUCCUUUUCCUGUACGAAACGUACUAGAAGACGCCAGCUCUACAAAUAAUUCUGACAGAAUGACAAGUCAACGUAUGAAAUUGAACAAUGUGAGCAUUAAAUCAAUUCGCAAUUUUCGAACCUGUACUACUAUAAAUGGCUUUGAGGACAGCAAUUCUAAUAAACGUAAACAAUCCCAAAAGAAAACUGAAAAGAAUCUGAAAGCAAAAGCGAUUGCUAAAUCGCUUGUUAAUUAUUCAAAGAAGUCGUACCUCAAAUAUAGGAAAGUAAAGGAGAAAAUGGUUAAAGUGAAUAAUUGGAUAAACAAAGUAGCCACUAAACCGACCAAGUCCAAACCUAUACAAUUAAUCAAAAAGGAUUCGUUAUCAAAGCCGACCCUUGAAUGCAACACUUUCGAUCGUCAAGAAUUAUUGAAGAUUCUUCGAGAACUCAGACACCAGGACAUUAGUGCAUUCGACGGAAAGAAAAAGGAAAAUCCAGACACUACGGAGAUCAUUAUGAAGUACAAUAAUCAAACCGACAAUAAACGAGAUAAAAAUAAACAAAAUACAAUCGAAGCUUAUUCAAAGAAACCUUUAGGUAAUCUGGAAGAAAACUCUGGACUAUCUAAAGAGAUAUCUUCUACUACAAAGCAGGAUGAUUCACUUAUUCCAAAAUAUUUGCGAUAUGACCAGAAACGACCUGUUGCUGAUAGUGCAAAACAUAAAAUUAUUCCAAAUGAAAGUAUAUUAAAUGAUAUAAAACAACAAGAAAAACAAUUAGUGGAAACGAAAGAAGCUAAGACCGAUCAUAUUAAAGAAAUAGUUCAUAAUAAAAAAGUUAUGGAUGAAAAGGACCAUGCCACAACGAGUGUUGACAAUAAAAGCCAAAUCCAAAAGAAUGAAGAGAGUUCUUUAGACAGCUUGGGAUCGUACAAGAAAAUAAUUGAUGAAGCUCAAAUUAAAACUAAUCAAAUGGAAACAAGCAAAACUAUGCCCAAAGAUUCGACAGUGUCAUUGAAGAAAACUGAAAAGGUUGCGGAUGAUAAACAGAGUCAAUCUAUAAAUAAACAAUAUGAUCAGAUUGCACGAUUUUUACAAGAAAUCCAAGCGUUGGGAUCUAAGAAAGAACCAAAAAAAGUCGACAAAGACGUUGAAGGUCAUGGUGGUGAGGAUAUGAGAUUGCUAUUGAGUAAGAAAGUUAUCGAUGAGGAAUCGAAAGUGUUUGACAAGCAACCCAAAAGAAGUAUUACUAAAUACAUGAAGAAUUACCUUAAAUACAUCAUUCCUCCAGCUACAACUAACAAAAAGGUAACAGAAGAUGGGAAAAAAUACGUGGGUGCAUCUAAAAAAGUUGUGAAGCCACAGUCGAAACCUCAUUUGGAUGUAUUUGAACCUCUAAAUGAAAACGACGAUAUUAAAAAUUAUUUCCUGGAAGUUCAAGAAGCCUUUCGACUUUUGUUGAGCAAAAAAAUUGUCGACGACGAAGCGCAACCUGACAGCACCGUUAGCAAAAAUAUUGACUCUAAGAAGAGUGACACCGACACCAAACAAUCGACUGGCAAGUAUUUAGAUGAACAAGAAAGUUUAACAUCUAAUAUUAGUAUCCAGAAUGUGGUGGAUAUAAUCGACACAACUUUAGGACAAUAUGACAAAUCUAAAAGCGAAUCAAAUUCAAACAAAGCGGUAACAAUUGAAUCAAUUGACAAUGAACGUUUUACUUCAGCUGUUGCUGACGAAAAGAAUCAAACCAAAAUUCUCGAGUCGGAUCAAGCCCACCAGAAGAACGAAACCAAAGAUCUCCAGUUGGAUCAACUCCAUGUUAAAGAAGGAGAACUGAACCCUUCUGUGGAUAUUCUUAAAAGUGACAAAGAAUCCACUGAAAAUUUCUUAACAGAAUCAAAAAAGUUCAUUCAUAACGACUUCCGACUGCUGUUGAGCAAAAAAAUACUUGACGACGAAGCCCUGAGUGCUUUAGCCGAGCACGAAAUUAAAUCAAAUAUAUUUGUGAUAGAAGAUAUUAUUGAAAGAUCGUUCUUAACACCUGGUGCUGACAUUGAGGAGACUGUUAAAAGUGAUGUAACGUACGACCAAAACAAUGGAAGUGUUAAACUCAUUGGUACAAAAGAGUUUGAAAUGAUAUCAUUAGAAAUGCUAACCCAAUCCGUUAGGGAAAUCGUUGAUGACUUGAUGAAGCAAAAUGACAUGUCACUCGUAACAAAGUCAAAGGACGAUGAGAAUAAAAAGGGACCAAAAUCUGGUCUACCUGAAACUACAGCUGGAAGCAUGCUUGACAGCUCGGUGUUACAGCAACAUUCUCGCAGUAAAGAAGAGAAUGAUGCUACAAAAAAAGAUACUAAAGAUACUUCUGCUGAUAAACCAAAUACAAAUCAGUUUCAUAAAUUGGAGACUGCAAAAGAUGAAGCUACUACUACGAUAAUCAAUCCCAGCAAUACGAUAGGAAAUAAAAAUGCAACUAAUCUAAAAAUCAUUCACUUCAUUAAGACGAACAUUAUUAAAUUUAUGGUUAUAAAAGCAAUGCAAGACGCUGUACUUGUCAAAAGUAUCAAGAUUAUAAAAGACGUUCCUAGAAGUAAAGAUGAGGAAACAGUUGUUUUGAGUAAAAAUGAAAAUAGUUUAUUUUCUGUCUUUAAAGAUUGGGAAAAUGGUAUUUUACGGAAAAAUACAAGUCUUAAAGUAAAUCCUACAAAAACCAAAAAGGAUCUUCUAAACCACUUCAUGUUGAUAAAGUAUCUAUUAAAGCCCAAAGUUUCGAUAGGCCCUACAAGUCGCAAAGGAAGAAUUAGUCGAAACUACUCCACUAACGAUUCUGGAAGUCCACUUGAUAACAAGUCCAAAAAAUCUGAGGAUAACGAUCUGAAAAAGAUGUCCAAUUGCAAUAGAUCUGAAACUCUCCAAAAAUAUUGGAUAGCCUCAUUUUUAAAUUCACGUGGAUUAUGUGAUACAAUGACACCAUCCGAAGAUAAACGAAAUACAUCAGAACAUGAAAACAACAAGGAAAUCGAAGCGAAACCUAGCAGAUUUGAAGACACAAAUACUCCUCAAUUAGGUAAGAUUGAGUCUGAAAAUGGCAACGAAAAAUUACCACAAAAUGAGUGGUCAAGCAGAAUUGCACCAUCGAGCAGUCUAUGUUCGAAAAUUAAUAAUGACAAUGACGAUCAACACAGAUCUUCCCUAGUUAUUUCAUCAUCACAAAAAUUUAAUGGUAAUAUUAACCCUAUAGAAGCAAACUGUGUGUUGGCCCCGGAAGAAACAACAAAAGGGUUUGUUAUUGUCGAUAGCAGUUCUACAGCACAACACAAACCUAGAAAUUUCAAUGUUGAUGUUAUCAUGUUGGGCAGUGGCAAAUCAAUAGCAGAUAAAGGAAAAUGUGCUGUCGACGAUAAUAUGAAGACUGAAGUAAUAGAACAGUGUAAAAAUCUAAAUUUAUCAAACACUUUUGAAGGCACGACUUGUAAAAAUGUUGAAGAAACGACAACUCAAAAAAGUACUUUAAGUAAAUCAUUAGAUAGUCAUGAAUCCUUUUUGGAAAAUGAGAAGAACAGUGUUCCAAGUGAUGCCAACAGCUGUUUAGACUUUUCAGACUCUCCAGAGGGACGACUAGAAAAAAUAAAUGAAUUGAUUGAUAUAUUACUUUCUAAACUAGAUAACAAAUCAAGUAAUGACUCGGAAAGUCAUAUUACAAGAAUUAAAAAUGAUUUAUUAACAUUGUCGACUGAUAAUCCAAACAACAAACGUGAAACUAGAAUAAAUAACACUUUAAAAACUAUUGAUUCUGAUGGGAAAACUAAACAUAAUGAAGAAAUGAACAAUAAUUUUGAAUAUUGUAAUGAUUCCCCAAUGGAGAAUCCAGUUAAAGAUAUUUGGAUAGAAUCGGUUAAAACAGAACUGGGAAAAGGAUUAUCAAAAGCUCCUAAAAGUGUAGUUCCACAUAAAAACAAGAAAGAGCAACUAAUGUUGGUGCCUCAAGAUGAUAUUAACGUUAGUUCAAAUGUAAACUGCGAUUCUUCUUUAGAAUUUCGUAAAAAUGCCUCAAACGAUUUAUACAGACAGUUAAUUAAAGGAUUUAUAGAAUCAGAAAUAACCGAGAAAGCAUGCAAGGAUAGAACGUGCUUAAAAAAGAAUGACUUAAAUAAACGAACAAAUAAAAUUGCAGUUGGAAAGUUUCCCGUAAAAAAUACUAAUAACGAAUACUACAGAAAAGAUGAAAACAGACUUCUUUUAUUUAGAAAUAAAUCGAACAAAACAAGCGACGCUGCUGACUCAAUAGAAGAUACAAGGAAAAAUUUUGAGAAUGAAGACACUGAUAGUGGAUUUAAUAGUUUACAAGACCAUAGUGAGCUUUCAAAGAUUAGUAAAAAUGAAACAAUGAAGGAAUGUACUCAGUGCAAGCCUCAUUCUCGAGAAGACAUAAAGAUUCUGGAGAAACGACCAAUCUUAUACAAUGAACCUGUCAAAGAAAAUAAAGUGAUCGGACAAAGCUAUAUGAAGCAAAGGGGUAAAUUCGUUCACGAGUAUCUCCAAACUGCAAAGAAUACGGCCUUUAAUAAAGUAGUUGAACUUUCUGAUUAUUUAAUUAUUACGAAUAGCAAGCGAAGAUGGGUAAUAACAAGUAAAAUAAUUAAUACUCGUCCAAAUGAUAAAAAUUCAGUCAUUAAGGCAAGAAGGAGAGCAGGUAAAGCAGUACAACGAUACUUUUCCAUUAAACACCCGAAGAAAAACAAGAGCAACGACGAUACUGGACCAAACUCUCCAAAUUCAGCCAAAAAAAUAGAAAAUAACAUCUCCUUAUUAAUCAAAAAGCUGGAAGAACGAUAUACCCAGAAUGAAGCCAAAUUAUUGGAGAAAAAUAAAAAACUAAAUUCAAGCAGUGCUAAAGCUAAAUUGUCGGUUAAAAAUGUUCAAAUGAAAAGCGAGAAGAUUCGAUCAGAAACACCAAAAGGUAUGAAUGAACUCAAAACAAAUGUAGAGGUUAAAAAGAUAGAAAAAGACGAUAAAACCAAGGCAAUUAUCGAAGUUAAAGCAUCCUUGCCUAGGAAAAGGGACAACAUUUCCGCAAGUGAACUGCGUGUAGCAACUGCAAAUAAGCAAAGAAUCGAGAAAGGUCAAGCCGUAAGUUUCAAAAUAGGACAGAAUGGAAAUGUAAUCGUAAAGAAAAUUGAUGAGACAUCUUCUUCAUUAUCAUACAAGAAGGACAGUAAUAAAAAAGUAGAAGGAUCUAAAUUGUCACAUAUUGAAACAGUAAAUCCGAAAACAACGGUUAAAAGCAGAGGCGCUUUUACAGAGGAAUUACUAAAGCAUGAUGAAAAAUUGCAUGUACAAGACAUAACUAAUAAAAACAAACAAGAGCAACAACAGGAACAUAAAAAUAAAUCGGAACUUGAUGAUAUCUUUGCAAGCUUUCUGAUUAAAAAAGAUUCCAGUGUCUCGGAAAUUGAAGAAAAUCAAGACAAAACUGAUGAUAUGUUUGCAAGCUUUCUGACUAAAAAAAAGGAUUCAAGUGUCUCGGAAAUUAAAAAAAAUCGAGACAAAACUGAUGAUAUGUUUGCAAGCUUUCUGACUAAAAAGGAUUCAAGUGUCUCGGAAAUUAAAAAAAAUCGAGACAAAACUGAUGAUAUGUUUUCAAGCUUUCUGAUUAAAAAAGAUUCCAGUGUCUCGAAAAUUGAAGAAAAUCGAGACAAAACUGAAGAUGAUAUCACUUUAGCUGAAGAAUUUUCUUUAAGUAACGACGAUACUAAAUCUCAUCAAACAACUCCAGUAAUAGUAAAAUCUACUUCACAAAAUUCAAAAGAUGAUGCUAAAAAUGUCGAAUCCCGCAAAACUAAAAUUUCCGAACUAGUUAACUCGUCGUUGGAAAAAUCGAAAGAAUUAAAUUUACCCAUUGUAAUGAAACCUGACAGUUACAUUAGAAAUUUAGCAAAUAAGAAGUCGUAUACGAAAAACAUUUUAAGAUUACCUGGAUUCUUCGAUAUUUUACGAUUAAAGCCUUGCAAUGUCGAUAACCCAUCAUUGAACUUACAGAAACCCAUAAUGAAUAAAGAAUACGACAGGCUAACUAAUUUAGUGAAUCUAGAAACGGAUUACUCUAACGACUUGUAUUGCGAUUAUUUGACUAGUGGACGCAAUUUCUCAGAUUUUCUCAGUAAGACACAACGUUCUGGUAGUGUGUACGAAAAUUUCAUUAAAAUAUCUACAAUGGCGCAAAUGGCCCUCUACAAUUAUGCUAGACAGGGAAUCAAUGACCUGUAUCCAACUAACUCGAGCUUAAUCUAUAAGUCACUGCAAAGUAUAGCAUUCCAAAACUUUGUGGAAUCUAGAUAUAACACAAAAAUUUGCAAAUCGAUUCAAAAUUGCAACAACUUUUACCAAAACUGCUUCAAUACCCUAAAAUGUUUAUAUAACAAUUACAGUGGACUAUGGGAGUUUGCAACAAUUCCACAAGCAGACGCGCACCGUUACGAUAAUCCUCAUAAGAGUGAUUAUACUAAAUUAAAGUGCUCCCUUGAUAAUGACCGUAGAAAUGAGUUUAAAAAAGAUGAACAUAAUGCAGCCUGCAAUUACAUGUCCAAAGUGUCCACUCCCAAUCAGACCCUCAGCUCUCAGAAACAUAAAGAGACCAGCAAACUUGACGAAGAUGAUGAGCAAAUAACUACAACUUACUUGGAUUGUCUAUCCAGAUGUAGUAAUGAAUCAGGAUACAGUGAAUAUCACAGCCUGGAAGCAGCAGCAAUUUUGCCAGAACCUAAAUCUCAUCAUAAUUUAAACAAAAAUAAAAAUAAAUUACAGGAAAGUGAAACGAAAACUGAUAUAAAAAUUCCAGACAUCAGCAAAAAACCAGAGGCUGAACGAAGAAAAGAAGAAAGUGAAGAAAAUUUACCAACUGGGAUUAAAGAGCCAUCCAGCAAAGAAGGAGAAAAAGUCACAGUUCCUUUCGAAGAUUUCCAAAUUCAAAUGAGCAUCAACGUUGGAUCUCAAAGGCAAAGGAAAGAGAUAGUCAGAAAGACACUAACAGCGAUGACGUUAAAAUUAACUGAGAUAGCCUCACCAGUCAUGAACACUGUGGAUGACUCUCAAAAUGAACUUGAAGAUCGACAGUUUGUACGAAAUCCUCAAAAUGAUUUGUUUAUUGAUCAAAUAUCAAACGUAAGCUUAAUUAAAGUUCUCGAUGAUGGGGAGAUAAAUAAUACCAAAGCCUCGAAACCGAAGCCUCUGCGAGUAAAACCAGGUCUAAAUAUUGGCACGUUUGUUACUUCAGAUGGGAAUAUUGCAUACAAACUGGAAUCGUGCAGACCAAAAGACCAAAGAAAGAAUGUGUACAAUGUCUUCGAACUUUGUCUACGAGAAAUUGAACGAAAAGAAAAGCUGUACUCAUUGACUUCCCUGCGACCAUCCACUUUAAUGUGCUGCGGAAUCAAUCCCACUUCAAAUGGUGGACGUUCUAAUUAUACACCUCAAUAAUUUCUUGUAAUACUUAUGAAUUUUACCUUCCUGAAGUGAGAUCCUCCUGUACGUGAAUAAAGUCUUUAGUAGC